AUGCCCAUGAGUAACAUGUUAGUAGUCAAAAUUUUUGAUGUAUGGGGAAUAGAUUUCAUGGGUCCCUUCCCAUCAGCUGAAAAAUAUGAAUAUAUUUUGCUUGUUGUUGAUUAUGUGUCGAAGUGGGUGGAAGCUAUUCCUACUAGAACUAAUGAUCAUAAAAUCGUGAUGAAAUUUGUGCUGGAAAAUAUUUUUUCGAGAUUUGGAUGUCUUAGAGUGAUUAUUAGUGAUGGAGGAACACAUUUUAUAAAUAAACAUUUCAGGGAACUGUUGAAAAAGAAUGGAGUACACCAUAGAGUAGCCACUCCAUAUCAUCCCCAAACAAAUGGGCAAGCUGAAGUAGCAAAUAGAGAAAUUCAGAGAAUUUUGAAAAAAAUAGUUAAACCAGAUAGGAAAGAUUGGCCCACAAAAUUACAAGAUGCAUUAUGGGCUUAUUGA